CAGUUCAGUUCUCCGUGAUCGCUCGAUCGGGUGGGAUCGAGCGGGAUCUGCUCGCGCCCGUGUCUCGUCGUCGUCGCGUUCUAACGAUCGUACUCGCAUCAACAAAAAGAAAAAGAGGAAGAAAUAAAAUUAAUCGUACGUCACUGGAUUAUCACGACGUGGCAACUUUACGUCCUUCGAGGAAAACGAGGUUCCGAAUAUUUCACCGGGAAGGGAAAUCGCCGAUAAUGAUUCAGCGGAUUCCUCAUUGAAUAGAUCAGUACGUUGGAUCGGCUAUCAGACAUGCGUUGGUUUCGCGGCCACGCUGAGGCACCGAGACUCCUGCGCCUAAGUCCCCUUCGAGCCGACGAAGACGUCAACGAGACGUCCUACCAUUUCCAUGAGAGGUCUCGAUGCAGAGACAUAUCGCCAGUGCGAUGGGCCCGAAGAAAAUCAUCGAGUUCCGAAUCUGACAGAAACUGCUACAACGUACAGACCUCCCAAGUGACGACCGAGCGAACUGCCAACAAGAAGGACAAGAAGAAGAUUCAGGAAGAACGGCGGAGAGUGUGCGAGAAGCGGAAUCCUCUGUUGGACCGCGUGAAGAGCACCAGACUGAGCUUCUUCAAGGAUCGCGAUUCCGACGAGGAUGAGAACGAGAACGAGAACGGCGAUGGCGGCAACAACGACGAAGAAGCGGGACGAGUCCAGUUCCGUUCGAUGUGCGAGUUGAGGCACCGCGGUCUAACCAGGAACGAGUUUCGCCGCUCGGUCUGCGAGUCUGACCUGAAGGACAUCACGGAGGAGGGGAACGGCCACGCGAAGAGGAAGAGACGCGCCAAGUCGCAGAGCAGGUUGUCGUACAAAAAGCAGCAGGAAGAGCGGUUCUCCUUCUUAGGCUUUCGCACCUCGACUCCUCGGAAACAACCCGAGUGGCGAUCGAAAGAGGGGGAUUCGAUCCAGGAAGACGCGAUGCCUCACGAUUACCGAUGGGAGAGGACCGAUCGGAGCUUUCUCGAGACGAACCGUGGCGGCGGCGGCGGCGGCGGCGCGACGACGAUGGUCGACGAAACGACGGGGGUGCGGGGGAUGCCGCCUAGGCACGUCGGUGAAACGAUUUUCAAAAAGGACGCGACGACCUUCGACAGCAUCACGCCGUCCAGCUGCCUGGCAGCGAAAUUUCGUGCGAUGCAGGACAGGUACCUGAAGAGCUCAACGAACAGGCUGAUUGCCAAGAUCUACAGGAAGGACUGCAAGGACCGAGAGAGGCGGAGGCUACGCAGCUUCUCUUACGGCACCUUGCCUGGUCUCGAGGAGCUACGAACGAACCCGCUGUACGAGGAUCAAGAUCAGGACGACAAUGAUUCCGGAAUUUUAGACAACGAUUCCGCCACCAGCUCCCUUCUCGAUGACAGAUGUAGCAGCGGUGCUUCCGGACCACUGAACAACGGUAGUCACAAUGACUCUUGUCUAGGAUCACCACCUCAGCUUCCGCCUAGAAGACCCUUCUCAACUGCCACGGAUGUCGACGGAACCGCGCGAUUAUUCGCAAGUUUGGAUGUGUACUACGACAGAGCCAAGGACAAAGAUUCCGGACUGAGCCUUCUUACCGAGGAGUAUUCGAGCGUCUGUCAAGCCACGAACAGUAUGUUGAUAGAUUGUCAAGCGGCUCGAAUCUCCGCGGAGAAUAAUACGGAUAGGGAGAGAGAGAGAAGAAUCGUGGACGAGGAUUCUAGACGGAAGCAACGCAGUUCCGGUUUACAGGUGGUGAGAAGUAGAACCUAUACAACGGAGACGAUGGUGGUGAAGCUUCCCAAGGAGACGUCGGACCAGUGUCUCGGUAUCUUUAUCGCGAAAACUGCAGAGUCUAAUCCGGGUUAUUUGGUGGCUCACGUGGUACCGAAUGGACUGGCUGACAAAGAGGGCACUCUGAGAAUCGGUGACGAGAUCCUGAUCGUCAACGGAAAGAGAUUACGUGGUCUAACCAUGGCGGAGGCUAAGAAGAUUCUGGGCAGCGGUAGCGGGCCCGGUGACAUCGACAUCGUCGUGUCGCGAUUGUCGGACGUCGAUCAGCAAGCAAAAAAGUUAAAGGAGAGCAGCGUGGACUACGAAAACGUUAGCAUGGAAGACGGACACGGGGUAAUCGUCGAGAGUUCACCCGGAUCGCAUCACUUCAGAAAGCAUCAGAUCAGGAGUCAUCGAGACAAAAAGGAUGAAUCGAAUAGGUCGAUUUCAUCGGAAAAAUUUCAUGGGACGAACAUGGAUAGCGGAUUGACGCAGAGUGUUUCAAAGUUCUGUACUCUUCCCAGAAGACCGAGAAAUACGGUGUCUACGUUCCUUACAGUGCUCUUCGAAAAAGGCGCCGGAAAAAAGUCUUUGGGAUUCACCAUAGUUGGCGGAAGAGACAGCCCGAAAGGAAGCAUCGGUAUCUUCAUAAAGUCGGUACUGCCUAGCGGACAGGCCGCCGAAGAUGGCCGUUUGCGCGCAGGAGAUGAGAUUUUGGCUGUGAAUGGCCAAGUUUGCCACGACUUGACGCAUCGUGAAGCCGUACAGCUUUUUCGCAAUAUUAAAAGUGGGCCGGUUGCCUUGCACCUGUGUAGACGCGUGAAAAAUCGCGAAUCACAAAUUUCAAAAGCCAAGUCGUGUGCAGAUCUUUUGCUAAUAGACACGUGAGAGCGAUAAUCGCUGAAAGAGAAACAUGGGGAGAAGAGGGCAUGGCAAAUUAUGUAAAAUACGAAUCAUGUAUAUAUUGUACAUUUUCAGAAUUUGCUAGAAAUAAAACAGUUAUUUAAUAACAA